AUGACAGUGCCUGGGACCAGGGAGCCCACGCUAUACACAACCGACAACGACUUCACGCUUCGGGGGCGGCGGAGGAAGAAAGAAAACCUAAUUCUCCGGAAAGCAAAGACCCUCAUUGGGGCCACACUGCCGUUACGAAAACCGCCAGAGAGCACCCGCCGCUUUCCGGCCACCCACCCGGAAGCGCCCCCGGGCAGCUCCGCGCGCGCUUCCGCCUCCCGCCCGAGGAAGCGCAACGACGCUUUCCGCUUCCGGUCCGUGCCCUUGCCCGUCCCUGUCCCGGCGGGGAUGUUGGCGGCGGCGGGUCGGUGGCUGACGCGGGCCGCGCUGCGAGUUUCGGUGCGAUGCAACCGUUUUGAGCCGGUGUAUCGGAACACGCUUUCUGUUUUCCAUGCCAUAAUCUUGGGAACUUUAUUUUUCUCUUUAGCUACUGUCAGACCAAAAAAUGAAGUAGAACAGAAGCAGCUCUGUGCUUUUGGAGAGUAUGUGGCUGAGAUUCUGCCCAAGUAUAUCCAGCAAGUACAGGUGACCUGUUUCAAUGAGCUGGAACUAUUGAUCCAUCCAGAUGGGAUCAUUCCAGUUCUGACCUUCCUUCGAGAUCACACUAAUGCUCAGUUCAAAUCCUUGGCUGACUUGACUGCUGUUGAUGUCCCAUCUCGGCAGUACCGCUUUGAGAUUGUGUACAAUCUCCUGUCUCUGCGGUUCAACAGUCGGAUCCGUGUGAAAACAUACACUGAUGAGCUGACACCUGUUGACUCAGCAGUGUCUGUGCACAAGGCAGCAAACUGGUAUGAGAGAGAGGUUUGGGACAUGUAUGGUGUUUUCUUUGCCAACCACCCUGAUCUAAGGCGAAUCCUCACAGACUAUGGGUUUGAGGGCCAUCCUUUCCGGAAGGACUUUCCACUCUCUGGUUACGUGGAGGUGCGGUAUGAUGAUGAAGUGAAACGGGUAGUGGCAGAGCCUGUGGAGCUAUCUCAGGAAUUUCGCAAGUUUGAUCUGAAUAGUCCUUGGGAGGCAUUUCCUGCCUAUCGUGCAGCUCCAGAACCCCUGAAAAUAGAAGCCGGAGCCAAGAAAGAAGAUGCAAAAUAGCAGCAGAAUGGAGCAGAUGCAUGGCACCAUCCUUUCUGUUCUAACAUAGUAUUUAUAAUAAUAAAAAUUGAUAUGAGAU